GAGCUGUUAGAGAGUGACUGUACAAGCCUGCGCAGGGAAGCCAUGUCUGUUUACACUAAGGUGUCGUAACCAGGGGGGGAAAGAGCUGCUGCUGCUCCGGAGCUCGCGAGAAAUGCCGUCGGUAUUUCAGGUCGCUCCGGGAUUAAAGGGCGUGAGAGUGAAGGAAAAAUGUUUAAAUCUUUGCGUAAACACAGAAAGAACCACUGAAUUAUGUCUCAUCUCUCGUGGGUUCAUUUAAAGUCUCAUUUUGUUUUUGUUUUUGUGUGUUUACAGAUUUAAUUUAAAGUGAUGUAAGUGCUCAGUUUAACAACCCACAACCCACCACCAACUCUCUCCCUGUGUGUCUUUAUUUUGUGCCUUGGGGAGAAGGAAAAAAAAAAAUAAAUCCCUGCCAGGGCACGUCUGAACUGUGACAGCCCCGCCCAUUACUAGUCCUGUGGUUUUGCACCUGCCUCACCACCCCUGCCACUUUGAGCGCAAAAGCCCUUCCAGGAGCUUCUUGUACCUGCACUGCAGCGUUUAUUCAGCCCUCACUUCUUCCACCCAACCUGCGCUGCGUGUCCCCCUCCACGGCUCCGCUGAGACACACCAUCAACCAUCCGCUGUUGGACAGGUAUGCAACAUGAGGGCGAUCUGAGCAGCGACUGCAGCCCACCCCCAACUGAUGAAGACGCAGCGGUAGAAAAAAAGAAAAGAAAAGAAGAAAUCUGCGCAGCCAGCAGCAGCGGGAGAUUAUAGUGAGUGUUUCAUGUCAGGGGAGAGAAAUCCGCGCGUCCGCGUGUCCUUGUACAUGUGCUAAGUAACGGAGGAGGUGGACAUAAACAUGCAGUAAGUGACAGUGGCAACCAGGUAGUGUACUACGCAAGAGCGCUCCCUCCGGACCUCCUCGCUGAACUUUACCCGCUGAGCUCUUGACGCGAUGGCUGCUGCUGCCGCUGCCGCUCUGGGGGAAGUUGGAGGCGUCUUGCACGGCAUCGAUGGUGUCGCACAGGUCGGGUCCCAUUUCCUGCUGACCCCACUCGGGGACAGUCCGACGCUGCUGGGGGAGCACCUCAUAUCUGGGGACAGGCUCUCCCGGAGCACCACGGCGGAUUUAACGCACCUCAAAGGGAUUCUCAGGAGGAGACAGUUAUACUGCAGAACUGGUUUUCAUCUGGAAAUACUUCCGGAUGGCACAGUGCAAGGCACGAGGAAGGACCACAGUCGUUUUGGUAUUUUGGAAUUCAUAAGCCUCGCUGUUGGGUUGAUAAGCAUUAGAGGAGUGGACAGUGGACUCUAUCUGGGGAUGAACGACAAAGGAGAGCUGUAUGGCUCUGAUAAGCUCACAGCUGAAUGUGUCUUCAGGGAGCAGUUUGAGGAGAACUGGUACAACACAUACUCCUCCAACCUCUACAAGCACGGAGAAAAAGGGACGCGUUACUUUGUGGCAUUGAAUAAAGAUGGGACACCAAGGGACGGGACUAAAUCCAGGCGGCACCAGAAAUUUACACACUUCUUGCCCAGGCCUGUGGACCCCGAUCGUGUGCCAGAGCUGUACAGGGAUAUCCUGGGACACAGCUGAGACCUGGAGCCCUGGUCCAGUUCAGGAAUAGCUGCUAAAGCCCUGGCAGGCAGGGAACAGAGAAGAGAAGAGGGACGCAAGGCAUGGGGAUGUGGCCCGGUGCAAGCUGGUGGACAGCAGCCCGACCAGCAGGGAUAAAGGCACCGGGGGCCUCUUGUAGGAAUGCACGGGCCAUCUCUCAGCAGCCAGGGAAGACAGGCUAGAAUGUCUGCACGCUCGGCAUGAGGGGCUCGUUUGUUUUAGAGGCCGGAUGACCCUAAAAAGUACCCGCGUGGAAUAAGAGAUGAAUGGGAGACGGAGCUGAAUGGUCAAGGGAGCAUCUCCUCCGGUCGGACGGAGACGUCAGCCGACUCCGGGAGUCCAUGGGAAUCUGUACUAUCCAGAAAUGGUACUUUUAAUUUGGGUACCGUGUCAGAGAGCCGUAGUUUGUUCAGAAGGACUUUGAAGGAAUUCUGUUUAUUUUUUCUUACCUGUGUCUAGACCUGUUUGAAAAGAGCAAAAGUGUAACAAUUUAUUUAUUCAUUUUAGAUACAUAUAUUUAUGUUAUAUAUUUAUUUAUUUGAGAAUAUAUUUUUACAGUUAGAUACAUGCAAUAUAGAGAAACCACUAGAAACUGUAUCGACUAUAUAAAGACUGAGACGCUGUACCAUUAUGUCUUUUUAUUCUUAAAAAAAAGCUCAGCUAGUGAUAUACUGUAAUAUGACCACAAAUAUGAAACAUAUGGCAACAUUUGGAAAAAGAUCCCCACGUCUGAAAUGCAUUUUAUCACAAUAUGGCAACUGUGAAUCAAUUUAAACAAAAUGUUUGUAAUGUUGACGUACUAAUUCUAACUAAACUACUGUCACAUGUGUUGCAGGAAGAAUCUGAAGUCAACAAACUGAUAAUACAAACAAUAAAUUGCUCAAAAUGUGAUCAAAA